AUGGAAGAAAACGAUUUAGACUAUUUCGGUGAUCUUGAUAACAUUACCUUACAUCAGUUAAAUAAUACAAUGCACAUCAGACCUAAUUUUGUACCAGAUUUAAAUGUUUCAGCAAUAGAAGAAAAAUCACCAAACUUAGGAGAAACUCUAACUUUACCUCCGAUCAAUAUUAGCGACAAUCUCAAAAAAUCUGAAACAUUAAAAAAAGAUAAAUUCAAACCUAGAAGAUUUUUCGACUAUUCUAACGAAGAACUUAAAAACUCGGAAAAGAUUUUAAAGCUCAAAGAACUUAGAUUCAACAUGAUCAAGCAAAAACUUAAAGAAAGAAUCAUAAAGGAGCAAAUUCAGCCAAAAAUGAAUCACUCAUUUACUGUAGCUGACGUUAAAACAAUUAAUAGAGAACUCAUUCCCCUUUUUAAAUUGGAACAAAAAACCCUGAAAUUUAUUUUUUUUAAUAGUAAAAAUAUAUAAAUUGAAUUAAAAAUAAAAUUGAUUCAUGCCAAAACUUUUUAAAUAACAUUCUAUUCGCACUUUUUCAAUAAGAUUAGGAAAAAACUAAUUAUAGUAUUUAAAGGGGUUAAAGUACCAAUAUUUUGUUCAAAUUUAAAGGGGGAAGGAGCUAGCAUAGAAAAUGUUCUGGAAAGAGCAGAGGAAAGAAGAAAGAAAAAAAUUUCUCGUGAUCUUAAUGAUCAAUACGAAAUUAAAGUUGAAAAAAGAAUAAAGGCAAGUAAAACUAUUGUUAAAAAAGGGUUGAAAUAUAAUCAAAGCUUCGUUUUGUCGACUUUGCAUGCUGUUUUAAGUGAAAAUUUAAGGGCUGUUGAAGCAACUUUAGACUCUGCAAAUGAUGAUUAUGAAAGAAUGCUUAGAGCAAAUGUGAGAGAUCAAUAUAAUAGGACUCCGCUUCAUUAUGCGGCUGCGAUGGGGUUUGAAAAAGCCUUGGUAAUGCUAUUAGAAGUUGGAGCAGAUCCGAGACUUAUAGAUGAAAAAGGCAGAACUCCUCUACACUACUCAUCUUUUCAAGAUAAUGUCAAAUUAGUUGAAUAUUUGCUAACUCCCCCCCCCCUCCGUGAGCGAACAAAAAAAUUUUGUUCGCUCACGGAGGGGGGUUAAUUUUUUUUUUUAAAAAAAAUUUAUAUAUAAAUUUUAUAAAAAAUAUUUUUUUCGAAAUUUAAAAAAAUCCUAAUUUGCAAAAAUUGGGAAGCAAAUAUUAAUUUAAUUUGCAAAAUUUAUGUUUUAAAACGCAAUUUGUUUAAAAUUUAAACAGAAUUAGCUCUAGAUUUCAUUAUACUAAUUAUCACUUAUAUAUCAAAAUUUUUUUCCAUUAAAAUUUUUUCUAUUAAAAAAAUUUUUGUUCACUCACGGAGGGUGGGUUUUUGGUCAAAAAAAUGGCGAUUUUUUCUAAUGGUUUUGUUCGCUCACGGAGGGGGGGGGGGGGGGAAGUAAGAGGUGCUAAAAACGCUUGUAAAACUAUUAACUUGAUGAAAACAAAAGAAAACCAUUUCACAAUUGCAAGGCUUAUAAAAUACAGGAAAUACAAGCCAAUUGUAAGUGAAAAGUCUGAAUCCUUGCCAAUAAGUCAUGAAAAGUCCAGAGAACGAUUUUUCCAGAAUUUAGAUCUAUCCUGCUUCCAUGAAGGAAUCCAACAAAUGAUACGGAAAAUGGAUCAAUCAGAAGAAAUUUCAGUUUCUCAGAAUAAAAUUGAAAAACAAAAAUAUAUCAAUUGGGUUGAUGAGUGUGGCAGAUCAGCUCUUCAUUUUGCAGUUAUGAAUAAUAAGUACCAAAUUGUAAGGUUUUUGCUUGAAGGAGGCGCAAAUCCAAGGCAAGAAGAUCUCCUUCAAAAAAGACCAAUUGAGCUCUCAAACGACAAAAAAAUCACAUCCUUGCUUGUUAGCAUGAUCAGACAUUCAGUUUCAGUUGGAAAAAUUAAAAUUCUCAAACCUUCUGAAAUGUAAGGGUAGAUUUAGACUCGACAAUAGAGAUUUGCAAGCUCUGGAUGAAAAAGAAGUCUUGCAGCAUAUCCACGGAGAUUUGAGUGAAAAUUAUCUUAUUUCAGCCAUCAAGAAAAAAAAUAUAGAAGCCGUAAGCAUUUUAUUAGAAAAAAAAGCAAGUCCAUUGCAUGCUAAUAAACGAGGAUGAAACGCUUUGCAUUUUGCUGUUGCUGCGGGAUAUUUAAAAACUCUGAAACUUCUACUUGAAGGAUCUGUUGAUGGAGAUGUUGAUAUGUGGUAAAGCAAUAACUCUCCCUCAAUGUCAAGCUAUCUAGUAUUGAUAAUAAGAAAUAUAAAAGAUAUUGCAGCAUUUCCGCUCUACCCUAAAUAAAAUGUGAUUUAUAGCAUGUCUACACAUAUAUUUAAUACUUUAUUUUAUAUCCUAUUAUGUAUUGCAAUAAUGUCUUAUCAUGCAUAUGCAUGUCAAUUUGAAUUUAAUAUAUGAAAACCAAAUAUGCGUUUCAAAACGCAGAUUCUAGUACGGCAAAUUCAUAAUUUGACAUUUCAAAUGAAAAUGGUGCGUAUAACGCCCAUAAGAAGUUUAUGCAACGCAUAAUACUAUAUAUAGAAUUUUUAUAUGGUAAAAUUUCGACACUAAUAAAUAGUAGAAAAAUAGGCUGGAACUAUAGCAUUUUAAGUGUAAAUCCAUCGAAUUCUGCUUAAAGUGGAAACUAAUUCAAAUUUAAUUAAGUAUCAUAGAUGCAUGCAAUAUCCGGAAUUGAUAGAGCUAAAUUAAUACGUUUUAACAGAUUUAAUAUGCUUGGAUAACUUAUUUUACAUAUAAAGCAUGAUAUAUCUCAUUUAAAUUUAAAUUGAAAAAUAUAAGCUAAAUUACUAGCCAUAUAAAAUUCUGUAUAUAGUAGGGAUGUAAAAUAAAGUAUUAAAUAUACGUUUACACAUGCUAUAAAUCGCAUUUUAAUAGCUUAGGAUUGAAAAUGCUGCAAUAUCUCUAAAUUUCUUAUUAUAAAGACUAGGUAGUUUGGCAUUGAGGAAGAUGAGAGAUUUCAUGCUUGACCAGAUAUGCACUUUGGGGUGAAAUCAUGAGUUUCUCAAAGCUGAAAAGCUUCAGAUGAGCAAACUCAAGAAGGCUGAAACGCUUUGCAUAUUGCUUGCAUUUUUGCUCCAAUAAAUAUUGUACAGUAUCUUUUAAAAAUAUUCAAAAUUAGAGAAACCAUUUGUAUAGAUCCAGAAGCCCCUAUUGAGCUUCAAAGAGCAGGAAUUUCCUCUCUAUCAAAAGUUCUAGAAAUUCCUUGCUCUCGAAAAGCUACUCCAUUUUUGCUAGCAGUCCAGAAUAAGCGCCUAGAUCUUGCUCAGCUAUUAAUAGAGCAUGGUUCAAGCAUAUAUGCUAAAAAUGAAAAAUUACAGAAUGCCUUGCAUAUCUCUACGCUUCAGUCUCAUGCAGAAAUGAUUGAAUUUCUCAUAAAGCUAGACAGUGAUAAAAAUAUUUUGCGAGGGCAAAGUGAUAUCAGACAGCGAAAACCAAAAGACUUAGAUUCCUCAAGUAAGCUUACAGAUUCAUUCUAUCACAUUUGGGAUCAUGCAAAAGAUGGGAGUGCUGAAAAAAUAAGACAAUGUAUUGAGUCCAAAAAAUACUCUGUAAAUGAUCAAACUCCGAAGAAGAAACUAUCUGCAUUGCAUGUGGCUGUGGAAAAUCGGCAACUUAUGGCGAUUCGAACGCUAAUUCAAAUGGGCGCCAAUAUUUCUCUUUUGACUGCCUCUGGAAAAACUGCUUUAGAUAUAGCGAUUGAUAUGAUGGACUUAAUUUAUGAAAAGGUUGUCAUCAGGCUUUUAAAAGGAGAAACAAAUCUGACUGAAAAUAUAUAUACAAAAGACGAGCUGGAAAAUUACUAUAAUGAAUUGAAAAAAGACUUCAAAAAUAAAUCAUUUACAAGCAAUCCAAAAAAAAUUAAUAAAUUUUCAACUCAAAAAUUUAGAGAAGAUUUCAGAGAAGAAGCUGAGAAAUAUUGAGCCAUGAUGAAAGAAAAGCUGAUUGAAAAGAAAACUUCGGUAAAUGAGCUAUUUGAGAAGAUGGAUGCAGACCAGGAUACUUCUCUUACUUUUCAAGAAUUCGAAAACAUGCUGCUCUGGCUUGAACUGCCUAUUGACCAUGCCUUAGCUCUCAAGUUAAGCGGAUUUGCAGAUAUAAAUCAGAAUGGGCUUAUAGAAUACAGUGAAAUUCUGCUAAACCUCCAAAAUGUCACAUUAAAAGAGCAAUAUCUCACUCCCCCCCCUUUAAAUUGAAACAAAAUAUAGGUAAAAUUCCUACUUUUUUGGGAAAUUACCCCCCCUUUAAAUUGAAACAAAAUUUUAUUAUAAUAGAAAAUUUUAUAGGUAAAAAUCAUUAUUUUAUAUGUAAAUACGUUAAUACCCUAUUUAAUAUACUUCAAACAUAUAAGAUUUAGAAAUUAAACUCUAUUUUGUCCAAUUGUUAUGGGGAGAGUUAGAAGAAUACCAUUUCAGCAAGUUUACACUUUGAGAUUGAGAAAUUUAUGAAUUAAUUUUUCAUGAAAUUCUUUAAAUUUAUAUAAUUUAUUUUCUAUAAAAUUUUAUCUCUGAAAAAAUUUUUAUAUAUAAAUUUUUUUAUAAAAAAAAUUUUCUUAACCCCCCUUUAAAUUGAAACAAAAAAUUUUGUUUCAAUUUAAAGGGGGGGGGAGUCAGUCAAAUCCCAACAGAAGUCCCAAGGCUUCAUCUGCAUAAGCUUUCUGAAACAUUUAACCAUAAUUAA